AAGUUCAGCAAUGGCGCGAGCUAUCGCGGCUCCAUACGCAACGGCAAGAUGCAUGGGCACGGAAUGUUUGAAGACUCUCAUGGUAGUAGAUACACCGGCGACUGGAAGGAUGGGAAGAUGCAUGGAGAAGGCGUCUGUGAGACUGUAGAGGGAGAAAGAUACAGCGGAAGCUACUUCGAAGGAGUUCCUCAUGGGAGAGGAAAAUAUCAGUUCAAGAAUGGAAACGUGUACGAUGGCGAGUACAACAUGGGAAAGAUUCAUGGGAAAGGGACAAUCAAAUUUCCAGACAAUCGAAGAUUCGAGGGAGAGUUUGUUGAGAACAAGAAACAUGGAAGGGGACGAUACGAAGGCAACACGGGGGUCUACGAGGGAGAAUACGCGAACGGCAAGAAGGAAGGUUUCGGGGUGUUUACGUGGAUCGAUGGCAGCAAGUACGAGGGA